UACCCAGAUGAAGUCAAUCUUAGCCUAUGACGCGCACGCUUCUCUCCGCAGCACCAUCCUAGCAGGAGGGGCGUUAGUCGGCUAGAUGCCAAGAUCCUCCAACUAUAUAUUCUAACCGUUUACCCUCCUCCCUAACCUAUCCUUAAACCUUUUCAAUUCUCAUUGUUUUCGUCGACCUCAACGCUUUGUCUCUUCCAGAGAUUAGCAAUUAACAACAAUGGAGAACCUCACUCUCACAGGUUUGUUGAAGAAAACCGCCGAACAAUUCCCCUCCCGCCGAGCUCUUUCCGCUUCCGGCAAGUACGAUCUAACACAUGCUCGAUUGCAAGAAUUGAUCGACAAAGCCGCAUCUAACCUUAUCGCCAUCGGCGUGAAACCCGGUGAUGUCGUCGCUCUUACAUUCUCGAACACCGUCGAGUUUGUGAUUAUGUUCUUGGCUGUCAUUAGAGCCCGAGCCACUGCCGCUCCUCUCAACGCGGCCUACACUCAGGACGAAUUCGAGUUCUACCUAUCGGAUUCCGAAUCCAAGAUCCUCUUAACGUCGGAAGAAGGAAAUCAGGCCGCUCAAGCCGCCGCUUCGAAACUCAAAAUUCUUCACGCCACCGCCUUGCUAUCUCACGCCGACGGCGUGUCCGGCGACAUCAAUCUUUCCUCUUCGUCUCUUCCUGAUACUAACACCGACUCAGAUCUGAAAUCGGUUUCCGAAAUCGUCAACGACCCAUCCGACGUGGCACUCUUCCUCCACACCUCAGGCACAACGAGUAGACCUAAAGGAGUACCGCUGACUCAGCUGAAUCUCGCCACGUCAGUAACAAACAUUAAAUCUGCCUACAAACUGACGGAGACGGACUCAACCGUCAUCGUACUCCCGCUCUUCCAUGUACACGGUUUACUCGCCGGGUUACUGAGUUCACUCGGUGCCGGAGCUGCCGUCGCACUCCCCUCCGCUGGCCGAUUCUCCGCUUCUACUUUCUGGUCAGAUAUGAUAACAUACAACGCCACAUGGUACACGGCGGUCCCUACAAUUCACCAAAUCAUCUUGGAUAGGCAUCUGAACAAACCAGAGGCGGUAUACCCAAAGCUCCGAUUCAUAAGGAGCUGCAGCGCGUCACUUGCGCCGUCUAUUUUGAAUAGGCUGGAGGAGUCAUUCGGGGCGCCCGUGUUGGAAGCCUACGCUAUGACAGAAGCAUCACAUCAGAUGUCGACGAACCCGUUGCCGGAAGACGGUCCGCACAAGGAGGGGUCGGUUGGGAAACCGGCGGGGCUAGAGAUGGCGAUUCUGGAUGAGAACGGUAUCCAACAACCGGCGGGGGUCAACGGGGAGGUUUGCAUUAGGGGGGCUAAUGUAACCAAGGGUUACAAGAACAACCCGGAAGCCAAUAAGGCGGCGUUCAGCUUUGGUUGGUUCCAUACAGGGGAUAUCGGUUUUAUGGAUUCUGAAGGUUACUUGCAUCUCGUCGGCCGUAUUAAGGAGCUUAUUAACCGGGGAGGUGAGAAGAUAUCACCAAUAGAGGUGGAUGCAGUGCUUUUGUGGCAUCCAGAAGUUGCUCAGGCGGUUGCCUUUGGAGUUCCAGACGAUAAAUAUGGUGAAGAGAUAAACUGUGCCAUCAUCCCCAGAGAAGGAUCAAACAUCGACCAAGAAGAGGUGCUCAAGUAUUGCAAGAAAAAUCUUGCAAGUUUCAAGGUCCCCAAGAAGGUUUUCAUCACUGACAACCUCCCCAAGACUGCUACUGGCAAGAUCCAAAGGCGUAUUGUAGCUGAACACUUCCUUGCUCAAAUCUCUGCUGCCAAAGUAUCCAAAUUUGGAGCAUAAACUAACAAUGUUUGACAUUUCUGCCAGUGAUGAUUGCUUACAACUAUGGAAGGAAAUUAUAUUGUUAAAGUUGAGAGGACCGGUUGAGCUUAUAAUUCUUUUGUUCAAUAAUGUUAUGUUGAUAUAAAUGAAGAGAAAAGGGGAUCCCUUUGCCGUUUUUUAAACGGAUCAAAUGAGAAAUUGAUGUUGUUCUUUUGCUA